AUGUUAGCCUGCAACUGCUCCGAGGCAGCAAACGACAAGCUGUCCUGGAUGGGGCGGAUGGAUGGGACAUAUGUGGCGUUUGGCUCCCUCUUCUUCAUCCUCAUCUCCAUCUCCACUUUUUGCCUGGAGACCCACGAGGCCUUCAACACCAUCUACAACAAAACAGAGAACGUCACAGUCGGCAACGUGACGCACGAGGAGAUCGUCUAUGAAGUGGUGACAGACGGCUGGUUGACCUACGUGGAGGGCGUCUGCGUCAUCUGGUUCACCAUUGAAGUGAUGCUGCGCGUCAUCUUCUGUCCUGACAAGGCAGAAUUCUUCCGCAGCACACUGAACAUCAUAGACUUUGUGGCCAUUGUGCCAUUUUACCUGGAGGUGGCGCUGAGCGGCCUCUCCUCCAAGACAGCCAAAGAUGUGCUGAGCUUCCUGCGUGUGGUGCGCUUCGUCCGUAUCCUGCGAAUCUUCAAGCUGACGCGCCACUUCGUGGGUCUGCGGGUGCUGGGCCACACACUGCGAGCGAGCACCAACGAGUUUCUGCUGCUCAUCAUCUUCUUGGCGCUGGGCGUCCUCAUCUUUGCCACCAUGAUCUACUAUGCCGAGCGCAUUGGUGCCGACCCGGAUGACCCGACGGCUGCGGCCCACACCAAUUUCAAGAACAUCCCUAUUGGCUUCUGGUGGGCUGUGGUGACCAUGACCACGCUGGGCUAUGGGGACAUGUACCCCGAGACAUGGUCGGGCAUGCUGGUGGGUGCUCUGUGUGCGCUGGCUGGCGUGCUGACCAUCGCCAUGCCAGUGCCCGUCAUCGUCAACAACUUUGGCAUGUACUACUCGCUGGCCAUGGCCAAGCAGAAGCUGCCCAAGAAGAGGAACAAGCACAUCCCGCGAGCGCCGCAGCCAGGCAGCCCCAACUACUGCAAGCCAGAUGCCCUCGCCAUGGCGACUGCCUCACCGCACAGGUUGAUGGGUAACGUGAUCGGGCCGGGCAUGGUGGGCUCCGGGAGCAUGAUGGGAACCGGAGACUGCCCUCUGGCACAGGAGGAGAUCAUUGAAAUCAACAGAGCAGACUCCAAGCAGAAUGGCGACGCGGCGGCCAACGCGGCGGCACUGGCCAACGAGGACUGUCCCACCAUCGACCAGGUGCUGGGCGACGAGCGCAGCCCGGCCACCGGCGGCCUCGGCUCGGCCACCAGCCGCGAGCGCUACCCGCACGACCGCGCCUGCUUCCUGCUGAGCACCGGAGAGUUCCAGCGCACCACAGACGGGAACGUCCGGAAAGUGUUGAGUUUCUAACAUCCCCCUUUCUCUGCAAGAAGAGGAAAACAACAACAACAACAAAAA